AUGAGCUCGGAGCAGCAGGGCGCCAGCGAGGACGCCGACGAGUCGCAGGACAGGCCCGACGGCGACAAAGGGCUGAACCCCGGCGUGGACGACUCGGACGACUCGGAUGACGAUGACAUCCCCCGGGAGGUGGCACCGGCUCGGCCCCGGAGCAGCGAGGAGCGACCGGAGCGAGGGGAGCGAGGCGAGCGCGGGGGCGGCGGCGCAGGGUCCCCGGUGCCCGGCGCACAGGAGCCCCCUUGCCCGCCGAGCACCGCGCCGCAGCCGGGGAGCAGCGGGGCGGACAGCGUGUUCUCCUGGCUGCGGAGCAGGACUAUCAGACGAGGGGUGUUUGUAGACCCAGCCAGGGACAACUUCAGGACAAUGACCAGUCUGUACUGCUCCAUGAACCCGGCCACGGAGUCCGUGAACCUGAGCACCAAGACCCACGGAGCCGUGUUCAACCUGGAGUACUCCCCGGACGGGUCGGUGCUGACUGUGGCCUGCGAGCAGACGGAGGUCCUGCUGUUUGACCCCAUCUCCUCCAAACACAUCAAAACCCUGACGGAGGCCCACGAGGACUGUGUCAACAACAUAAGGUUUUUGGACAAUCGCUUGUUUGCCACCUGCUCCGACGACACCACUAUUGCAUUGUGGGAUCUCCGCAAGCUGAACGCGAAGGUGUGCUCUCUGCACGGCCACGCCAGCUGGGUGAAGAACAUCGAGUACGACACCAACACGCGGCUGCUCGUCACGUCGGGCUUCGACGGCAACGUCAUCACGUGGGACACCAACAGGUUUACAGAGGACGGCUGCCCGCACAAAAAGUUCUUCCACACCCGCUACCUGAUGAGGAUGCGUCUGACGCCCGACUGCUCCAAGAUGCUCAUCUCCACGUCCUCCGGGUACCUGCUCAUCCUCCACGACCUGGACCUCACCCAGUCCCUGGAGGUGGGCAGCUACCGGAUGCUGCGGGCGAGACGCACCCCCCCCACCUCCGACGGCGGCUCGUCGGCGUCCAGGUCGGCUGGAACUCCUCGCCAUGGAAAUGACUCCAGCAAGAUCCACCCUCACAGAGAAGGACUUUCUCCCAGGAAUAGUCUGGAGGUGUUGACUCCAGAGAUCCCAGGAGAGAGGGACAGAGGGAACUGCAUCACCUCCCUGCAGCUCCACCCAAAGGGCUGGGCCGCGCUCAUCCGCUGCUCCAGCAACAUGGACGACCAGGAGUGGACGUGUGUGUAUGAGUUCCAGGACGGAGCGCCCACCCGCCCGCUGGUCUCCCCCCGCUGCUCGCUCCGCCUCACCCACUACAUCGAGGAGGCCAACGUGGGGCGGGGCUACAUCAAGGAGUUGUGCUUCAGCCCGGACGGCCGGCUCAUCUGCUCGCCGUACGGCUACGGCGUCCGCCUGCUGGCCUUCGACGAGCGCUGCGGCGAGCUGGUGGACUGCCUGCCCGUCCAGACCAGCUGCCUCAAGGAGAUCCGCUCCAUCUACUCGCACAGCGACGUGGUGCUCACCACCAAGUUCUCCCCCACACACUGCCAGCUGGCCUCGGGCUGCCUCAGUGGCCGCGUGGCGCUUUACCAGCCCAAGUUUUAGCAUCCGGGGCGAUCAGAGGACGAUGCUCUGCAGACCUGGGUCGAGAGGCGCUGAUCAGGAACUAGACCGGGAACGAUUCUGAAGAAGCAUUUAAUGUUUUCCAGGUUCCAUUAGUUUGAUAGUUGCACAAACAAUCUGGUAAAGUUGCACCGCCCCAAAAAUAUUAAAUGUGCAGCUUCAUAUUUUUCUCUGAUUUUAGACCCUUGUCGUCUAAGAUAUGCAGAAAUUUGUCGUUCAAAACAUUCUGGCCUCUAAAGUAUCAUUCAGUAUAAAUUACACAUCACAGGAAUUCACAUUUUUUAACAUCUCAAAAUGUAGAAACGCAAAAUUACUAGUUUCCUGAUGUUUGUUUUAAAAAGCUCAGUGGAUCAGGUGUGGGGGGGGGGGAGGAAUCUCACAAUGCAUGCAGGUAUUUCAAAUAGUGUGACACAUCUAGAAGUCAUUUUUAUUUGAGGCUCGAUUUGACUUUAAAACACUUAUUUGAACCCGAACCCUUAAAAAAAAAUCACUGGUUUAAUUAGAUCUCAAAUAACUUCUCUGAGCGCCUCUGGACUCGGGUCUGCAGCUGUGGAGCCGACUCAGUUUGUUUGGAAAAGGAGAAGAAGAAGAAGUCUUUGGCAGUCCCCCCCCCCCCCCCCCCCCCACACUGACCAGACUGCAGCAGUGGAUGGAAUCUUUCAGCCCUCCUGAACUUCACUGGGUUAAAAGGACCAUGGGGCUUUGCCAGCUACAGACUUCCAUUCCAUCCCAAAAACUUUGACUCUCCUGACCCGGGGAUCGUUGUGACUCUUCUGUGGCUGUUUUUUCACACGAGAGAUGAAUUUUGGUUUCUCCCAGUAGAAAACUUUGACCUGUUCCGAGACUCGGGACGUCCGCGUGUUGCUGUGUCGGCAGAAAAAAAAACACUAAGGAUGCAAACAGACGUUGAUCCACUGAUUCCUCCGCGGCCGAACGCCUCGCUCUGCUCAUGCCUUCUUUUCUACAGGUGCUGCUUCUCUGCUCAUACAAUCUGAACUGUAUAGGACCUCAUGGUUGUCGCCUUUCUCUUCCACUUCUGACCCACCUUUACUUUUUCUCCUCCACCUCCGACCUGUUGUUUUCAGUUUCAUCAUGUGAAUGUUUUUACUGGUGACAUCGGUGUAACCGCGUCGGCCCUGCUCACAGCACGGUGCUGGAUUUAUUUGUAGGAUUUGUUAGAAAGGAACUUUGCUUCCUGUUCUCUCCACAGUUUGUGUUUAUCUUCAGUCUGUGAAAUGAAACUUUAUGCUCUCUGAAGACCGAAAAGUCCUCCUGCUGCUAUGAUCACAAAUCUACAAUUAAAAUCCCAACAGUAUCAAGGAAAUCAGACAUUUCAAACCACAUCUUUUCCACCAAAGGAUUUAUUUUUGAUCUCUCAAAGUCAGUCCACUGUUUCCCUUUGAGAACAAAAAUAUUUAUAAUCCGCUGACAACUGUAGUUUCUCGUUUCUGGCCCUGUAGCUGUAACUCAAACAAAAGUAAAGUAAAUUGUGAAAUUGGUUAAUUUUGGUUCACUAGUGAAUGUUUCAGCAGCAGGAUGGUGUUUGUUGGAUUAAAUCAAAACUAGAAACUUCUGUCAAGGCCCAAUAAUCCCCUUUAUAAAACUAUGUUUACAUUUGAUAGAUCUUUAUAUUCAUGUGGAUCUGCGUGAAAUUACACAAACUUAUAAAUAACAGUCCCCCUACAGAUUCUUUUCUUUAAGAUCCAUGAAUUAUUAUCUGAGAAAUAAGUGUAAAUGUAAAGAAAUAGCCUGCAUCCGGUUGCUGAUCUGGUUUUGCACCAGUCUUUAAUGGUUUCUUUCCACAUUCUGCAUCCUUCUACCAAGUUUCACCGCAAACUGUUUUUACUUAAUCCUGCAAACUUAACAAACACCAAUGAAAACCAAGUCUCCAUCUACUUCACAGGGAAGAAGGAAACUGUUCAUGUGUUUUUAAAAGUAUCACAGAUAAUAUUUGUUUAUAGAAUCAGAUCAGUUUGUUGGGUUUUGUCUUGUUAACGUUUUGUGGGCAGAAGAAUCUUCUUCAGUUUCAUAUUCACAGGAUUGUUGACUCCUCUUCAUCAGUAUUUGGUUCCUUUCCUUCACAAAUGCUUUGUUUUCUUUCUUCUCUCAGUAGCGAGCGGAUCCCCUCGACUGUUUAACCACUGUUGAUGCUUUGUGUGUGAAACCUGUGUAGUGUAUCUGCUGUAAGAACCAAGCACACGUGUGGGUGUGCGAUGUAAAGUGGCUGUGGUGCAAAGCGACUGCAGCGUAGAUCAAUAUGUGCUGUUGUGUGACCAAUAGAUAAGAGUGUACUACUAUGCAGACCGGCCUUCAUGAAGAUUCAACCUUCUUAUUUAUGGGAGCGUGUCGCUCCGCCAUGUGUGCAGCUGUCCGAUGCCAAAAUGUGUGACCUGAACGUCCACAUCUGCUCUUAUUGGGUUUUAAAAUAUUUCUUUACAUGUUGCAAAAGCUUCAACUUAAAAAAAACAACAAAGAUUUGUUUGACUUCUUGUGGAAAUGAGCCGGUUGUCUUUUCCUGUGGGAGAGUGAGUAGAGAACGUUGCUUCCACUGUUUACCUGCAGUGAUUUGGCCUCUCGAGUAUCAAUUUGAUCAAAACCAUCCAGAAAUGAACAAAACUCGAAAUGUGGGAACAUUAAAAAAAGCCGGACGUGGAGUUUCCAGCUCGAUAAAGUGUGAACACAUGAGGCUGUGUGAAGUUGGGAGGCUGACGUGAGAUGUUCUUCCUGCUCACAGUCAAAUACAUGUGAGCUGAACGCAGCUUUAUAAACUAUAAUAUAAACAGAGAUAUGAUGUUAAUCUGGUGUUUAUCUGCAGCAAUGUGGCCUCUUCAGUCUCAUUUAGUUUAUAUGAAUCCAAGCAAUCCAAAAACGUGAAAAGUUCAGAGUGUAGGAAACUUAAAUAACAUUUUCUGGCAUCAGUUUAAAAGUUAUCACUGAACCAGACGGGAGAAAUUAACAUGCAGAUAUUUUACAGACCUAAUCAUCUCAUAUAUGCAGAUAUUUCUUGUGCCAGACAGUUUUCGAUAUCAUUUUUUAUCAAUUAUUCAAAAACCAUCAGAGGAAAUUACAUUUGUUCAACGUUAAAUAGUAUAAAGUUUCAAAAACAUUUCCUGGCAUUUCUUUUAAAGUGCUCGGUGAACCAGAUUUACACGAUGCAGAUAUUUCACAUCAAGUUCCACACGUCUCGGCUACAGGUCAGUGUUCCCCGAGGUUAGGCUGACUUUAAACACUUUUUUAUGUAUUGUGAUUUUCCUGAAAACCCAUCUGGAAGCUAAAAGGUAUAAAGUAAAUUAUAAAAAAAAAAAAUUCCAAGUACCUCUUCAGUCAAGUCUGCAAUUUCCCGCUCAGAGUUUUAAGGAUGUGACCUGAACAGAAGAUUCACAGACGUCAACGCUCUCGAUAAACUCUCAGACAGAAACUGCCACAGGUUGAAUUAACAAACUAUGUGAAAAGUAAAUUAAGUCUUCUAAACACAGGUGUAACUCAGCCACAUCAUGGUUGGUUGUGUGUGUGUGUGUGAGGAAGGAGGCGUUUAACACUUUGUACCUCAGUGCUCAUGAUGUUUGUGUUUCCCUCUCAGCUCCGUCAAUCAGGGACUUUUCUCUUCCCUGAUUUCAUAAAUAAUCUAAAUCUACAGAAACAGUCGUCGAGCUGAACAUGAACUCAAAAGCUCUUCACACAGAAGUGUCUUAUCUUCUGUUUACACUUCAGGUGAAGAAACAACGGGAUUCAGUUUGUUCUGUUGCUUCCUCCUCGUUUCCUUGUCUCCUCUGAACUGUCUCCUGAUGAUUGAAAAUUCUCUGUUCUGUACCUGUGCUCCGUCACCUCCCAGCUGAGCAGGUGGAGGCGCAUGAGACACACACACAUGUUGAGUUACUCACACUGUUGUUUGCUUCCUGGCUUCAAACGGCAAGUCGUCCCCACAACGGUACUUAUUCUGAUUCUCACAGAAAUUAAAGGUUGGCUUCUUUUGCACUGCG